AGCUACAAAAUCGCAAUACCAUAGGUUACAGAUUACUGGAUUGCUUCAGUGUAAUACGACAAAUUCUGGCUUGUUAUGACGUGUGCUUUAGUGAAGGAUUCCACCACAAAUCUCCUCCUUAAAGUCGCCCUCUUGUCGAAAAUAAGCAUCAUAUUUUAUUUUUUUUUCGAAAGAUUAAAAGUAAACACAAUAUAACCAACAUUUAACACGACGUAUCCAGAUAGGACUCAGCCAGAUUCGAGAUCUAACAUAGAUACUAGCGUAUCUAUCCUACCAACUUUUUCGGCUCCCCCACAUGGAAAUAGGGCGCCUUUAGAUAAGGACUACGACGAUUCUAAAGUCCAGGGGUCUAUAUAUACUCGGAUACUCCCGACCCUCGAGCCUCCAGAUCCCGCCGGCGAGCUAAGAAAGCCCGGAGCCGGAGCUCCACAAGCCCCAUUGCAACCAUUGCUAUGGCUUUCAAGAUGGCAAGCGAGGGGAUGAGAGUGACGGAGGAGUGCCGGCAGUCGUUCAUGGCCAUGAAGUGGAAGCGGGUUCACCGAUACGUCGUGUACAAGAUCGACGAGAGGUCGAGAUCUGUGAUGGUGGAUAGGGUGGGAGGUCCUGGCGAGGGAUACGAAGAGCUUGCUGCCUCCCUCCCAAACGACGACUGCCGCUAUGCUGUCUUCGACUUCGACUUUGUCGUCGACAAAUGCCGGAAGAGCAAAAUCUUCUUUAUCACCUGGUCUCCAACUGCGUCAAGGGUAAGAGCAAAGAUGCUGUAUGCCACCUCAAAACAAUGGCUGAGGAGGGCGCUCGACGGAGUCUGUUAUGAGGUGCAGGCCACGGAUCCCACUGAGAUGGGGUUUGAUGAUGUUAUCAGAAAACGGGCCCAAUGAGCAGCUAAAACUGCUUGCUGACUGUGCUUCUCUCCUUCCUUAUUAAAUAUGUCAAACUUCUUAUGUACAUAUCAAAACUUCAUGUCACCAUUAGAUUCUCACCAAGGAGGGAGCCUGGUAACCUACCCUUCGUCAUUUCUAUUAAUAUGGUCUGCUUGUAUUGUUGUGAUGUGAGAAAGAAAAUAAAGACAAGCAGGGCUGUUAGUUCUCUCUUCGAAAUAUAAGUUAAUCAAAAGUACUAAUGCACCGGAGAGCUUUCUGAGCUUUUCUAGGUGCGAUCAUACCAGUACUAAUGGACCGGAUUCUAGGCUGCGUAUUUUUUCCCCAAGCAAACCUAGGCCUGGCUUGAAAAAUAACUGGACCAACAGGGCAUAAAUCGUUUUGUAGGCAAGCCCAAAGACCAGGCUUGGGCCACAUCCAAAAUAUUAGAGUGCUUUUAGGCAUAAAAGAGGAAGAAUUUGAAAUAUUUGAUCGAUAAGU